GUUAUACUUUGUUUUAGUGCAUGUCACUCGUUACAAAUUUGUGCUUGUUUUGACAAUGGAAGAGUCAGCCAGAUUUUCAAUGCUUUCAGUAAAGGAUCACCGCGAAGAGAAGCAUAGGAAACGUCGUUCCCAUCGAGAGGAAUCAGAAUAUCACUAUAGUUCUAGUUAUUAUUAUCAAGAAUCAAGCAACCACUCGGGACAUGUAGAUAAAUACGAUGAUAAUUACUACCGAAAUAGGUAUCCAAAGUCAUACGACCAACAAGAAGACUACAUUCGUCGUCGCAAAAAGUCUAAACACCGCAGUCCCAGCUGUGAUACACAUCAUGAAUCCAAACGAUCUCAUCAUGAAAAAAAAUCUCACAAGACUAGGAAACAUUCCGAAGAUAAUCAUAAAUCCAUCUCAGGCAAUGAAGAUAAAUCUUUAGUACUGGUUGACAACGAGGAAGAUGAGGAAGAGAUUAUCAGACGAAGACGUAUUGAAAGACAAAAGUUGCUAGAAAAGUUAGAGGUCGGAAAUCAAGGAGAAGCCCUAAUCUCUAAACUCGACAGUGAUCCCAAUCCUCAAGUUAUUCAGGCAGACAGUCUGACAGAUAUGGUCACGUUUGAUGAUACUGAGGACUUCGAUUUUGAGAGGUUUGUCCAGGCUAAGUUAGAAUGUAUCAAAAUGGCUCCAACUAGUACCUCAGACCAACCGAGCUCACCAAGUGGUCGUUUAUCCGGUGUUCAAGCUCCAGCCGCAAUGGCACUUCAAGAUAAAAGAAGAAAUGACCCAAAUAUCUCUGGACAUAACAAUUCCAAACCCUCCACAUUUGAUAUGUUUGCUGAGGAAUUCGAAGUCGAGCUGCAUCAUGCUCCGGGGACAAUGGCAUUGGGGGCUAUGGCCUCUGAAAAUCAUGCCCUCUCCGACAAUUGGGAUGAUGCUGAAGGUUAUUACCGUGUUCGCAUUGGUGAAGUUUUGGACAAGCGUUAUGCUGUUUACGGAUAUACUGGUCACGGAGUGUUUUCUAACGUUGUUAGGGCGAGGGACAGUGCUCGGGGCAAUUUAGAGGUGGCAAUCAAAAUAAUAAGAAACAACGAUGUAAUGCACAAAUCAGGUCUAAGGGAAUUAGAAGUUCUUAAAAAACUCAACGAUGCUGACCCACAAGAUCGUUUUCAUUGUCUGCGACUUUAUCGUCACUUUUUCCAUAAAAAUCAUCUAUGCAUGGUGUUCGAGUUGAUGAGUCUAAAUCUUCGCGAGGUUCUGAAAAAGUACGGACGUAAUAUUGGGCUGCAUAUUGCUGCUAUACGCUCAUACACUCAGCAGCUUCUGUUGGCUUUGAAGCUGAUGCGCAAGUGUGGUAUUUUGCAUGCGGACAUCAAGCCUGAUAACAUACUUGUAAAUGAAAACAAAAUCUUGCUUAAGUUGUCUGAUUUCGGAUCAGCGUCUACUAUACAGGAUAAUGAUAUCACGCCUUAUCUUGUUUCACGUUUUUAUCGUGCUCCAGAAAUAAGUAAGUUUCUUGUUAUAUGGUAUUUUGUAACAUGCUUUUUAAUACUACCUUUGAUUUUUUAAAUUAAAUACUGACAUUUUUCUACUUUCUGCAUUUUUUGCGUAUUCGGCGUGAUAUCAGCCAAUGGAAAUCAGUCGCCACCAUGAACUUGCUAUUCAAUAAUCGUGGUCAAGAUAUGGAGUAUUGUGACGAUACUAGUGGGGCUGUCUUCUUGCUACCUUUAGCGAGGGUAAUCUUUCUUAUGCGCUCCUUAGUGAAUUUUACGUUUUUUAAAACAUUUUAUUUUCUUAUUUAGUUCAAACUGCUAGGGUUCCUGGUUUAUAUAUUUUUGUCCUGAAUCUGCUUGACUCCUUCCUUCAUCUAUGCACAAGGUUGUGACGGUCACGAUUAGCGGGUUAAUUAGCUUAGGUUUAUCGCUACUGACUUGUGAUAUCGACAUCGUAAUACUUGAUUGGGUUUUCCGAAUCGAAUAUGGUAUUGCUUUGUGAAUAAAAGCUCUCAUUUAAGCAUGAUGAGUCCGUAUCGUGUAUCCUAUCCUUAAAGAGUAUGUAGUUUAAAAGAUCUGGACAUGUUAUAACGUCUGUUUUUAGUUACAACUAUAUAAUGAGUGCACACACAAAAUGCCCCUAAUAAGUAUUUUUUUUAAAAGUCAAGUUUGCUAAAUCUUACCGUAGACGAAUAUUACGUGGUUACUACGUUUACGCUAGUUCUCGUCAGCUUCUCAGUCAGUUAUUUUCUCUCAGUAUUAGUUGGUUUGUUUAGUACCCAUAGUUCCCUCAGUAGUACAUACGGUUAGUUAACCAUAGUACUGUUUCGUGAAGGUGUGCUGGUUAUUUAUAUUUUUCUCAUACUUUAAGUUAAUAGCAGCCAGGGACUAACCUACUGUACGAAUAAUUAUUACAUUCGGCUGAUGAUGAUUACAGAGUUUUUUUUUGUUUCUCAUUUCAUUUAAGAAAGCAUUUGCAAAGAAUUUGGGUAUAUUUUUUAAUAAUACUUAAUAAUAUAUGGGGUUCGCUAUAUUACUGUUUUCAUCACUUAACUAAUUGAGCGUCUUUGGCUGGUAAUAUCGUUCUAUGUAAAAUUGUUGGUUUGUUUCUUUGUCCAAUAUGUUAAUAAAUUAGUAUAACAACAAUUCAUUAUCCAACUCUGUUGUGUGUAAUAAUAACAAUCAUUUCACCAAGUCAUCUGAAAUACUUUUUAAUAAAGUGUUCCUUUUGAUUUCUCUAAGAUUUCACAUAAUAACUUAAUAGCCAUAUUUUUGAAAUCGGCUAACACGAAUUUAAAACAAUUUAGUGAUUGAUGGAGUCAACUUUCAACAUUUUUCUUACCGGGUAGCGUCGCCAGUUUCCACAAGGUGUAGCCCAUCAGUCGGAUACCUGAAUCCGUACCUGGUUAAUGGCUUACAUUAAUGUCGAGGUAUAAUCGCCUGUUCAUCUUACUUAAUAACUAUAUGAGAUAGACUUUCGUUACAUUUUGACUCUACAGAUGUAACCUGAUGGACAUGUUUUCAUAAUAACCGAGUCACCGUGGAUCGUUCAAAAUCAUUUUUAAUUAAAAUCUUGGUGUUUGAAAUUUGUUUUAGUUUUAGGUGUUCCUUACGACUACAAUGUGGAUUUGUGGUCUUGCAGCGUAACUCUAUUUGAGUUACAUACUGGACAAAUUAUGUUUCCAGGAAAGACUAACAAUGAAAUGUUGCGUUUAAUGAUGGAAGUCAAAGGACGUAUACCAGGUCGCGUGAUCCGCCGUGGAAUGUUUCGCGCACAGCAUUUUGAUGAGCAGUGCAAUUUCCUCUAUCAUGAAGUGGACAAAGUAACACAAAAGGAGAAAAUGACGGUAAUUCGUAAUUUACAACCAACAAGAGACCUAAUGACAGACCUUAUUGGUCAAUCGAAGCUGAGUGAACCAAUCUUCCGCAAAGUAACACAGUUUCGCGAUCUUCUCGAAAAAACUUUAAUGUUGGAUCCUACUCGUCGUAUUUCUUUAAAUGAAGCUUUGCAACACCCAUUUAUUACCGAGCGUAUGUCUGCCGCAACAGAAUCAGCUAAUCCCACACAGUGAAGUGGUUUUUGUUCACAUUGCAGUUACACUGUAUACAAUGUAAAUAAAAGAUUUCGUUAUUCAAAACCUAAGUUUGUACUGUAAAUAUCUCAAAAAUCCUUUAAAAGCUUAUUGACUUUUGCUUUAUGAGAAUUUAUUUAAAAAUUAUAUUAGUGCUUCCUC